GAAAGCGAAAGAGCGUAUCACGUGAUGUACAAAAUGGCUUCCCUGUGUCGGAGAGAGCGGAGCGCGAUGGGUGACAGGAGCUUGUGAAGCGGCCGGCGCUGCGUUGCCAUGCAGAAGAUCAAGUCUCUGAUGACCCGACAGGGUCUGAAAAGUCCUCAGGAGAGUAUUCAUGAUCUGAGCCCCCUGGAGAACUUCAGAAUUCCAAGCAAGGAGGAACUUAGAGAGCUCCGGGAACAACCAACUGAUCCUCAAGCUCAGCAAGAAUUAAUUAACAGCAUUGAAGAAGUCUAUUUUUCCAGUGAUUCCUUUGACAUUGUUAAGUAUGAGUUGGAGAAGCUGCCUCCUGUUCUUAGUCUUCAAGAACUGGAAGAAUACAGAGACAAACUAAAGCAACAGCAAGCUGCUGUAUCUAAAAAAGUUGCAGACUUGAUACUUGAAAAACAACCUUCAUAUGUCAAGGAGCUUGAACGAGUUACAUCCUUACAGACUAGCCUCCAAUUAGCUGCUGUUAUUUGCACAAAUGGAAGACGACAUCUGAGCUCAGCAAAAGAGGGUUUUACUCAAGCCAGCUUGGGCCUUCUUGCCAAUCAACGAAAACGCCAGUUGCUGAUGGGGCUGCUAAAAUCUCUGAGAACGAUAAAAACCCUGCAACAAACGGAUGUCCGCUUAAGUGAAAUGUUAGAGGAGGAGGAUUACCCUGGGGCUAUCCAGCUCUGCCUGGAAUGCCAGAAAGCAGCUAGCACUUUCAAACACUACAGUUGCAUCAGUGAAUUGAAUUCAAAACUACAGGACACUUUGGAGCAAAUUGAGGAGCAGUUAGAUGUCGCGCUUUCCAAAAUCUGCAAAAACUUUGACAUCAGCCACUAUACCAAGGUGCAGCAGGCUUACAGACUACUUGGGAAAACGCAGACAGCCAUGGACCAACUGCACAUGCACUUUACUCAAGCCAUCCACAACACUGUAUUCCAAGUUGUUCUCGGUUACGUAGAGCUGUGUGCGGGAAACACAGACACCAAGUUUCAGAAGCUUCAGUACAAGGACCUGUGCAUGCACAUCACGUCAGACAGUUACAUUCCUUGCCUUGCUGACCUCUGCAAAGCCCUGUGGGAGGUCAUGCUCAGUUACUAUCGAACCAUGGAGUGGCAUGAAAAAUACGAUCACGGUGAACCUCCUUCGUCUUCUGAUGGAAGCAACGUCAUGGGUGCUGAGGAGACCAAUUUUGACCGCAGCUACGUGAAAAAGAAAUUGGAACAUGGACUUUCACGAAUAUGGCAGGAUGUCCAGCUGAAAGUGAAGACCUAUUUGCUUGGCACAGACAUGUCUAACUUCAAAUACGAUGACUUCAUCUUCGUCCUGGAUAUUGUCAGCAGGCUGAUGCAGGUUGGUGAAGAGUUUUGUGGCAGCAAGUCGGAGGUUUUGCAAGAAUCCAUUAGAAAACAAAGUGUGAAUUAUUUCAAGAACUAUCACAGAACCCGCCUUGAAGAACUGCGAAUGUUCUUGGAGAACGAGACGUGGGAGCUUUGUCCUGUGAAAUCAAGCUUCAGCAUAUUACAGCUUCAUGAAUUUAAGUUCAUGGCACAGUCCCGUUCCCCUUCUGUGUCGCCAAGCAAGCAGCCUGCUUCAGAAAUAGAAAGAACCAUAACUCUGUUUGAGCAGUACUGUAAUGGAGGGAAUCCCUUUGAAAUCCAAGCCAACAACAGAGAUGAUGAGACUGAGGAUGUACUGGCUUCCAAUGGGUAUGAAUCGGAUGAGCAGGAAAAGAGUGCCUAUCAAGAGUAUGACAGCGAUAGCGACGUUCCUGAAGAACUGAAGAGAGACUAUGUUGAUGAACAGACUGGAGAUGCUCCAGUAAAAAGUAUUUCUCGAGAAACUUUGAGAAGCAGGAAGCGAUCAGAUUAUUGCCUCAGUAAGGUGAACGCUCCCAUUUUGACCAACACUACACUGAAUGUAAUAAGACUUGUUGGCAAAUACAUGCAGAUGAUGAACAUCUUGAAGCCCAUUGCAUUUGAUGUGAUCCACUUCAUGUCCCAGCUUUUUGACUACUACAUGUAUGCAAUAUAUAUGUUUUUUGGCCGAAAUGACACGUUUGAAACGACAGGACUGGGACUCAGCAGCAGCCGGCUUCGAACCACACUCAACAGAAUACAGGAGAGCCUGAUUGAUCUGGAGGUCUCCUCUGAUGCUGCUGGAGCGCUGACUGCUGUUGAAGAAAGAAAGGAAAAGGUUCCAACCCCCCAUCUCAGCCACCUUGUCGUCUUGACAUCAGGCAGCACUUUAUAUGGCUUGGCAGAGAGAGUGGUCGCCACAGAAUCCUUAGUGUUUUUAGCUGAGCAGUUUGAGUUCCUCCAGUCUCAUCUUGAUGCUGUAAUGCCUCCAGCCAAGAAACCUUUUCUUCAGCAGUUCUAUUCGCAGACGGUUUCAACAGCCAGUGAACUCCGUAAGCCUAUAUACUGGAUUGUAGCUGCUAAAGCAAUUGAUUACGAACAGAUGCUGCUGCUAAUGGCAAAUGUGAAAUGGGAUGUGAAAGAAAUCAUGUCACAACACAACAUUUAUGUAGAUUCUCUUUUAAAGGAAUUUGAACAGUUUAACAGACAGCUGAAUGAGGUUUCUAAGAGAGUUCGUAUUCCAUUGCCAGUGUCAAAUAUUCUUUGGGAGCAUUGUAUACGACUAGCUAACAGAACUAUUGUAGAAGGUUACGCAAAUGUCAAAAAGUGUAGCAACGAGGGGCGUGCCUUGAUGCAACUGGACUUUCAGCAAUUUUUAAUGAAGCUGGAGAAACUCACGGAUAUUAGACCUAUUCCGGAUAAGGAAUUUGUUGAAACCUACAUCAAGGCUUAUUAUUUGACUGAAAAUGACAUGGAACGCUGGAUCAAGGAGCACCGGGAGUAUUCUGCCAAGCAGUUGACUAAUCUGGUGAAUGUUUGUCUGGGGACCCACAUCAACAAAAAAGCACGACAAAAACUGUUAGCAGCUAUUGACGACAUUGAUAGGCCUAAAAGAUAAUAGGAGAGAGCUUGCGGGGUUUUUGUUUUGUUUUUUUAACCAAUGAAGAGAACGAGGGUAUCUCUAACGGACUACUGAUGGAGUUUGGUUAAAUGGGGAAAAUGUGUGCCGUAUUCCUAUUGACUUUGAAGGCACUUUGAAUCAGUGCGGUGGGCUUUUCAAAUGCAAUUUUUAUACUGUCUUUUCUGUUUCUUCUGUUGUCAGGAAGGCACCGUUGUACCAUUUUGGCUGUAUAUUUUCCUUAAUUGUGUACUAUAUGGCUAAUCAAAAUUAGAAGGAAACAAGCUGAGAUAUUAAUAUAUUUAGUUGGUGGUUUUUUGUGGGGUUUUUUUUUUGUCUUUUUGUAAAAGGGCUGCUAAUUCAGUAGUUCACCCUUCUUUGCUCAGAAGGCGGUUAUGAACCCAUAUAAAGAGAACUUUGUUCAGAGUCUUCAGAUUAUGAAUUGUGCAUGUCCUUUAAGAGUGUGCAUCAGCAAAAUAUUACUGUAAUGUUUAAGCUCAUUGCCUUUUUAUUUCCUUGCAAAUGUAAGUUCAUUUCAGAAUGAAAUCUGUCUUGUCAAAGGAAUUGACCACAAAUUAUGGGAAAGUAAUAAAUAUUGUACACUAAUG